AUGGCUCCUCUACCGGUUGAACGAGUACAAAUGGUUCCCGCCUUUACCAACGUUGGACUUGACUUCAUGGGUCCAUUAUAUCUUAAACAUAAAUUGCAAGCAAAGGGGAAACGGGAGACCACCAAGGCUUAUGUUUGUAUCUUUGCGUGCGAGGAUUCCAGAGCAGUCCACUUCGAGCUAACGAACAAUAUGACUACUGAAGAAUUUCUGCAAGCCUUUCGUCGCAUGGCAAAUCGAAGGGGAAUGCCAUGUACCAUACGUUCUGACAACCAAACCACCUUUCACAAGGCAGCUCGGGUAUUCAGCGCUUCAAAACAGAAAUUGAAGUUAAUGCAAAUUGAUCCUAAAGUUGUGCAAGAUCGAUUGGAAAACAACGGCGUGGUUUGGAAAUUUAUAAUAGAGAGAGCAAGUCAUCGUGGGAGACACUGGGAACGGGUGUGUUGA